AGGCCCCCUCCGAUUCCGUCACCCUCGACCCGUGGACAGCUGGGACGUGACGGGCCACGAAAUCUACAACGCCACGACGCAGCCCAACUCGUGCGUCCAGAUCAUCGACACGCUCUUCGGGGACUUCCCCGGCGCCACCAUGUGGAACCCCAACACGCCGCUCAACGAGGACUGCCUGUACGUGUCGGUGUACGCGCCCCGGCCGCGGCCCCGCAACGCCGCCGUCAUGGUCUGGGUGUUCGGCGGCGGCUUCUACUCGGGCACCUCCACCCUAGACGUGUACGACCCCAAGAUCCUGGUGUCCGAGGAGCGAGUCAUUGUGGUGAGCAUGCAGUACCGAGUGGCCUCGCUGGGCUUCCUCUUCUUCGACACGACGGACGUGCCGGGCAACGCCGGCCUCUUCGACCAGCUGAUGGCGCUGCAGUGGGUGCACGACAACAUCCACGCGUUCGGCGGCAACCCCAACAACAUCACGCUGUUCGGCGAGUCAUCCGGCGCCGUGGCCGUGAGCAUCCACCUGCUGUCGCCGCUCAGCCGCAACCUGUUCAGCCAGGCCAUCAUGGAGUCGGGCUCGCCCACCGCGCCCUGGGCCAUCAUAUCCCGCGAGGAGUCCAUCCUGCGCGGGCUGCGCCUGGCCGAGGCCGUGGGCUGCCCCAACCCGACGCGCGGCAACUUGCCGGCCGUGAUCCGUUGCCUACGCAACACGACCGCCUCCGAGCUCGUCGAGAAGGAGUGGGGCACCCUGGGCAUCUGUGAGUUCCCCUUCGUGCCCGUCAUCGACGGCUCGUUCCUCGACGAGAUGCCGCAGAAGUCGCUGGCCACGCGCAACUUCAAGAAGACCAACAUCCUGAUGGGCAGCAACACGGAGGAGGGAUACUACUUCAUCCUGUACUACCUGACGGAGCUGUUCCGCAAGGAGGAGGACGUGUACGUCAGCAGGGACGACUUCCUGAUGGCGGUGCGGGAGCUCAACCCCUACGUCAACCCAGUAGCCAGGCAGGCCAUCGUCUUCGAGUACACCGACUGGCUCAACCCGGACGACUCGACGCGCAACCGGGACGCGCUCGACAAGAUGGUGGGCGACUACCACUUCACGUGCAACGUCAACGAGUUCGCGCACCGCUACGCCGAGACGGGCAACAACGUGUACAUGUACUACUUCAAGCACCGGUCGAUCAACAACCCCUGGCCCUCGUGGACCGGCGUCAUGCACGCCGACGAGAUCAACUACGUGUUCGGCGAGGCGCUCAACCCCGCGCUCAAGUACCACCCGCUCGAGGUGGAGCUGAGCAAGCGUAUGAUGCGCUACUGGGCCAACUUCGCCAAGACCGGGAACCCGAGCAUGUCGGAGGACGGGUCCUGGACGUCCAUCUACUGGCCCGUGCACACGGCGUACGGCAGGGAGUACCUCACCCUCGACACCAACUCGACGGAGACCGGGCGGGGGCCGCGGCUCAAGCAGUGCGCCUUCUGGAAGAAGUACCUGCCCCAGCUCAUCGCUGCCACUUCCAACAUGCACAGCUCGGAGUGCUCCGGGGCCGCGGGCGCGCACCACGCCGUGCUCCCGGGCGUGCUCACGCUCGCCCUCCUGCUGGCCCGCCUGUGGGCCUGCCGCGGCCAGUGAGGCGGGAGGCACUUGAAAGGCGCGGCCACCAGCGACCUGCGCUGCGCAGCGACCACCGUACCAAACAUGUGUUCGUGCAUACGGCCCCAGACACACUACCGUACGUCACGACCGUCCUGAAAGAAAAAAGAAACUACUUUAUCUUUGGUGCUUUUAUUUCCUCGUCGUCAUCGCUACCAGAGCGUUUUUACUACAAUGUUGUUUGUUUUUCAGAAUUCUUGUUGUUCUUGUUUUGUUCAUUCUAUCCCGGUUUGUUUUGUUUCUUUCGAAAGCGGUGCUGGCGACGCACCCGGUGCAUAAUUAUUAUUAUUACUACUACUAUCAUAAGUGUUUUGGGGGACUGGGGUACCUCUUCCUUGAUGGUGUCAGGGGUUUAUGUAUAUUAUAAAUAUAAAUUAUGAUUUAUGGGGAAGCUCUGGCGGGGGGCCUCCCGCCAAGCAAGGCCUCGGCACACGCAGCUCAUUUUGCGCCCACGGUGCUGCCCCGAGAAAGGGAACAUUUUUAAACAAACUACUAAAAAAACAAAAAAAAGAGUAAUAAAAAUGUUGUUUUUUUAAAAUGAUGUAUUUUAGGCGAGGCUUUAGCACUGUCGUGUAUUUUUCCACGCAAGUCUGCGAAAAAAAAAUUGGCAGUAAGUAAAUGUUACAGCUGCUGCGCGUUUUACUAAGAAACCGCUUCACCUUCCCAAGUGAGAGGGCGCGAGCGAGCGCAAACGGCGUUGUGUGAGAGAGGGGGAGAGAAAGAGUGCGAGUGUGAGAGCGAGGGAGAUGCAAAGAGCAAAUAAGUGAGGAGAAGGGGGAAUAUGGGCGCGUUGGUAGUAGGGAGGGGAGGGGAGGGGAGGGGGGUUUAAAGGAGUGCGAACGAAGAGAAUGUGCGUGAGUCAGUUUGCAAGGUGCAUGAAAGCUGAGUGCUGUGAAGGACUGAGUGUUGUUAAUUUACUACUCUAAAAAUGUUUUAAAAACUUUAGCAUAGACGAUUUUGAUAUUGCUCAGAGCCUUGUUCUGGUCAAGGUUUUUUUUAGUUCUAUUCGAUGCUAUUUUAAAAAUGUUGACGUAUAUGUGUAAAAUUUAAUUUUAAAAUUAUAAUAUUACCUAUGAUAGUUCACGGUAACGUUGUCCUCCGCGCGCACGCAAAUCCUUCUCCGAGUUUGUUAAGGGCGCGUGGCUCCGACCCGGCAUCAUCAGCCAGCAGGGCAGCGGCGGGGGAGGCGGAGGGGGAGGGUCGCGCCGGGACGCGGGGCGGGGCGGGGCUGGGCGGUGCGGCACCGGACUGCUGGGCCUGCUGGUCUUCCCUCUGCUGCUCAAUGGCUCUGACCGGCGGAGGGGCGGCCGGCGGGGCCAAGGCCGGUGGCCGGUGUGCAUGGGCGAGCAGGUCCCCGUCAGUCCCCAGGUAGAAGGCCUCCCCCGCCAAGCCACGUCCCGCUCCGCUACGCCUCAGUAUGUCUUCCUAGAGCACGGCGUUCAGUCCCAGGCCGCGUUUAUUGCUGCCAGGACCAACGUGUGGGGAAAAUAUUACAAAUAAAAAGUAUCUCUUCCAUUCCUAUGGCCUGCAGCCACGGUAGGACGUCAUAGCCCGUCUGGGUGGAAAAUCGGGGAGUUGCUAUAGAGCCCUGAACAAUUUGUUGAUGUAUCGUCAAUCGACUUCUUUUUAAGAGGGAUGAUUCAAUUCGGAAUUUCACACGCGAGUUUUCUGGUGAUAUUAAUGACGGCAAGCUAUCUCAGAUUCGUUGAAGCGAUGCAAAGGCGACAAGGAGGCUGCGCCAGUCAAAUCUAGCACAUUUGGAAAAUGAUGUCUCUAAUUUUUCUCAGAUAUUUGGAAAAACUUAACUUUAUAUCACAACUCUAGAUUUUGACUAACAAAGGUGAAUCUCGAAGUAUCCAUCCGCAUCUCCUCAGAAACAAUUUUUCCGACACAAGCAGUCAAUUGACAGCCGUGUUUUUGUCCGCAACGCUUUUUACGGCAAUCAUUAUAAAACCCCUAAUAUUUUGGAAUAAAUUAAAGGACCAACUUCGCCGUCUAGCUUCGGCAUGAUUGCGGUACGUCUUCGGCGUGUUGUUGGAUGUAAUUGCGGUCGCGACGUCUUCCUCGGCAAUAAAGCGGGCGGGAAAAUAAUUCGAUUGUACUCAGGCCUACAAGGAGAACGGCGAUAAAAAAAAUUCUUUCCACUUACGUGUAUUUUGUUGAUGUUUGUUGUUGAUGUUGUUGUUUUUAUAUGCACGAAAAUUAUAAAUUUAUCAUGGCUUUUCGAGGUCUUUUUGCCGCAAAAGUAAGUUUUUUGGCGUCGGUAUAGGUGGAAGGCGAGACAUUGGACGGGUGUGCUAGACGUCAGACCUUACUGUGCGACAGACGGACCAGGGGACGUCUUAUAGCGUUUUACUGUUUCGUGAAGGGGCUCGAGCGUGCGAUGCCUCUCGGCCAGAGAGCGCGACUGAUUGCACACUCCCGCACCCAACAGUCCCGAACGCAUCUCACUGACACAUUUGCUGUUGUAGUGUUGCGAGAGGGAAAAGAUACAUACUUGUUUUAAAUAUAAUCCUUUAUACAUGCCAGACGCCAGGAUGUUGUUUCCUCCCGAUGAUGAGGGGGUGAGAAGAGGGUGGAAUAAAUCGAAACUUUUCUGUGAUUGACUCGAAAUCGUCCCGGUGGCGCAGAGGCGGCGUAAUCUGGAGGUCAUGGUGACUCUCGGCCUGGCCCCGGCCCCCCGGCCCCCGGCCGCCUACCGCGGUGUACGGGGUAGGCCACACCGCGAGGCGGCGCUGCAGUGCGGCGCUGCCUGUCUGGCCCCGCAGCCCGGCGCAGCCCGCGGGGGCCGCGGCUGGCAAGGCAAUUUGUUAGCUUUACCGUGACCGUUGCGCCACCGAUACGUUAUUUCGCGUCGCUCGGGGAGGGCGUCACCUUUAUCGAACUUGCUGGCGACUGGUGCUGGAAUCACAAUGUUAAGCAGUGCUUAGCAGCAAGGCUUGGUUUCGUGAAAACAUAGCCGCAGGGAGCGAUAGGCACUGCUAGGUAGUGUUAAGCAAUGUGGUAGAAGCCACGGAAACUUUUUUCUCUUUUUCUUUCUUUUCAAAAAAAUAAAUAAAUAUACAUACAUAUUUCGUUUGGGGCUGGUUACGGAGUACUGGAUAAACGACCCCUUCGUUUGAUCAUAAUGAUAACUUGUAGAGUCUGUGAAAUUGUGGUGUGUCCUUUACCUUAUUUUACUUCGUUCAUUUAUAAAAUCGACCCUUCCAGAGAAAUAUAUAUUUUGGAUGUCAGGCUCCGUCGGCCAGUGUUGAAGUGCCUCCAUCUGGGAAAGCUAGACGAAAGGAGAUGUCUGUUCAAUGUGUAAAUAGCCUUCUGCUACAACAACUACUACUAUCGUAACAACUUUACUAUUACAGCAACAUGCAAACAAUCAAUGAUGCGCAACACCUUGAUCUUUGCUGCAUUAAGAGUAUAUUUGUAUAGUUGACGAAGAAUUAGUUUCAUAGUCUAUAGUGCCACAUAUAUUCCAAUAAACAUCCAAAGUUGUUAACUCCUUACAUGAAUUAAACGCGGUAAUAAAAUCUAAUGAUUAUUCUAGUCAUGAUACCAUCAUUUGAAUUUUCCCCUCUUCAGAAUCAUCAAAAUUUAAGCAUUUCUACAUAAAACUUUGUUCAAUUCACAACCUUGUCAACAUAUCUGUUUCUUUGUUGCAAAGGAGCGCCAUACUAAUUCACAUGUCACUGAAUGACUAAUUGACACGCAUAUCAUACUAUAUAGAGUAAUUCGAUUUUGAAGGCACCUGUUUUGUUUGCUUGGGGUAUUGCCUGCUGAAUGGGUAGUAGGCAAGGGAGCGCACUGAGCUCCAGUUAGGAAAAAUGGACAUUUUUAUGUAUUAUUAAAAUAAUAAGAAAAAUGGACAUUUUUAUGUAUUAUUGAUAAGACAAACCAAAUAAAUUGCAUAAAAAAAUCUUGAAA